CGGCAUUGCUGUUCUUUCUGAUGUCAGCCGUCGUGGCUGAUGGCACAGCCCCGGAGCUGGUGUGCGGAAGGCGCUUCAUGCAGGUGGGGCUGCGCAGGGCUCACCUGGAGGCUGGAGGCCUGGACCCGUCGAGCACUCACCUGGCUGAUACCCGCUGCACCCCGCGCCAGGAGAACCAGGAUAUGUUGUGGUUUGUGGUGUGGGAUGGAUGGCAGAGCUGUGGGACCAAGAUUACGACUAAUAGCACCCACGCCAUUUAUUCAAACACUAUAUUUGUUUACCCCGUUGCCCUGGGAAAUGGAAACGUUGUCCUCCCAGAGAGAUUUCCGUUUUCCUGCGUGUAUCUGCUGGAUGCUGAGGCCAUAAGACCCGAUCUGUCAGUGGAGGGGGCCGUGGUGGGGGUGGGGCCCGGGCCCCGGGCAGGCAUGUCUCUCUACCGCAACGACAACUACACAGACCCCUACUCCGCGGGCGUGGUCACCCUGCCUCUCGGGUCCCCCCUGUUUGUGGGCGUGUCUGCACCCGAGGCAGCUUCAGACAGGCUUGCCGUCAUUCUGGAGAACUGCUACUCCACGCCCUCUGCCAAACCGGAUCACUACCCGCGCUUCUCCCUGAUCCAGAACCGGUGUCCUAGCAACCGUCGCCUGGUGAAGGUGGAAGAGGGCGGGCCCUCUCUCCCCGGCCGCUUCACCGUCUUGGUGAACUUAUUCUCGGGUCACUACGACCCCAUCUUCCUGCACUGCAGUCUGAGCGUGUGUGACCCCACGCAGGCUGCCUGCUCCCAGUCCUGCAGGUCCAGGCUGUCCCGGUCUGUUGCCCUCGACGAUCCCCUGACCAUUGGACCCAUCUCCUGGAAGAAGGUGACCGAGAGCACACCUUAGCAUUCGCAGGAGCAUCAAAUGAAUACAUCCCCGUCUGUGUGCUGUUCCCGGGGCCUCUGCGUUUCUGCCUGCUUUGAUUGGACACUUGAAUUUCAGUCCCUGGAUCUGAUUCCUCGUUCCCCUUUAUCCUCCGUGUUCUGAUUGGUCACAUGCCUGUCCUUAGCUGGUAUUGUCCAGGUCUGAUUGGUCACAGCAAAGAGCCAGGGUGUAGUUGCCAUCCACAGAGAUCAUACGCACAGUGGUUGAUAUAGUGCCCUUUAAAUGUUCUGUUUUAGAAACUAAUUUGUCAUACUCUCUGAAAGCACACAUAUGGAGGGUCUGCUUGACUUCUGAAAUGAAGGUGUUUCAUCAACAUCCACAAUUUAUAAUCACAAGACAAGUAUUCAGGGAACUGAAUGAAACAGUUUCAGUCUGCAUAAAACACCAGUUAAAAAAACAGUCCUUCAGAUCUGCUGAUACUACAUGUCAAAAAAAGUGAACUCCUUCAGAAGUCCAACUGAACAACACCCCCGAAGAGACCACUGAA